CAAAGGAAAAAACCCUCUGGUUUUCGUCUCUUCGUUUCUCAUUUCUGUUAUCAAAUCUUUGUCUCCCAUGGCGCCUCAGAAUCUAACAGAGUAUGAACGUAAAAGACUCGAAAACAUAAAGAGAAACGAUGAAAUGAUGGCCGCCCUCAAAAUCCACUCCAAAGCUGCCACUCUCUCUGCCACUGCCAAACGCCAAAGGGCUAAAACUUAUAAAGUGAGUCCAGUGAAGAAACCCAAGGCUGAGAUCCCUAUUGUAAUCCGACGAUCGUUGAGAACAAGAGGUAUGCCGCCAGAUUCAAAGGGUUUGGCUGAUGAUUUUUGUGACAAUUUUGAUAAAAACCCAAAAUCUUUUAGCCCGUUAAAGCCGCAUUCGCCUCGUGUUUUGGGUCCUAUCAGUAUGAGUGAUGCUUUUAGUGGAGAUGAAAUGGAGUCUAAUAAAAUGCUGAUUGAGACAAUUUUGAGUAUUUCAAAGAAAACCCAAGUUGGUGUUUCAGUUUUGGAAGAGUUUGAUGAUGUUAAGGAUGUUCAAGAGGAGAUUUUGAGUGAUAUUGAUGAAAAAGGAAAAUCGGGUUCCUGCAAAACUGAGGUUUCGGAAUGCCCAGUGAAGGUGGAGAAAGUUAAAGAAGAGUUUGAAGGUGGAAAAAGCGAGUCGGUUUCUUGUGGUUUGGUUAAGGGUAUGGUUAAAAAUGAGUAUUUUGAUGGUUCAGUUAAUAUUGAGAAGAGUGAUCCCUGGCUGGAAUCAUUGGAUUUGAAACCAGAGAAUGUAGCACGGCUUUUGCCUGGAAGGAUUAUGGUGGUUAAGUUUUUCCCUUGCAGCAGUAUGAGGAUGAUUGCAGCGGGGAACAAGUUUGGGAAUGUUGCAUUUUGGAAUGUGGAUUGCGAGGAUGAAAACGAAGAUGGGAUAUAUCUGUAUCGCCCGCAUACAGGUCCUAUUUCUGGGAUUUUGAUUCCGCAAUAUUCAAUGUCAAAGAUCUUUACCAGCUGCUAUGAUGGUUUUCUUCGAAUGAUGGAUGCUGAGAAGGAAGUAUUUGAUCUUGUGCAUUACUGCGAUGAUAUAUUUUCACUCUCUCAACAGCCUGAUAAUUUUACAAGCUUGUAUUUUGGUGAGGCCCGGGGAGGGCUGAACAUCUGGGAUAUUCGGACAGGGAAGUCCAGCAAAAAUUGGAUGUUGCAUGAAGACAGGAUCAACACCAUAGACUUCAACUCACAGAACCCCAACAUUAUGGCAACCAGUUCCACCGAUGGAACCGCUUGCAUAUGGGAUUUAAGGAGUAUGAGUGCACAUAAAGCCAAAACCUUGAAGACUGUGAGCCAUAGUAGGGCUGUUCAUUCUGCUUAUUUCUCACCCUCUGGAAGCUCUCUCGCAACAACUAGUUUGGAUGACAAGGUUGGUAUAAUAAGUGGACUCAAUUUUGAGGACAUUUCCAUGAUAUACCAUAAUAAUCAUACAGGAAGGUGGCUUUCUUCUUUCAGAGCAAUAUGGGGGUGGGAUGAUUCAUACAUCUUCAUUGGCAACAUGAAAAGAGGUGUUGAUGUCAUCUCUCCAGCUCAAAGAAGAGUAGUUAUGACUUUACAGAGUCCGCACAUGUCUGCAAUUCCCUGCAGAUUUCAUUCGCACCCUUCUGAAGUUGGGAUGCUAGCAGGAGCCACGAGUGGGGGUCAAGUUUAUAUAUGGACGCCAAGAUAGAAAUUCUGAUUUCUGAGGAAUGAGUGCUUACACUUGUUAGCUAGUGUUAACAUGUAUGAUUUUGUAUCUUAUAGGUAAUGACAAUUCUAUAAAGCAGGGAAUCAAUGUACUCUACUUCAGGGUAUGGACUGUAUUCUGUGGAAUUAUUCUGAUUGUUCAGACGUUUGUUCUCAUGUUGCCAUGGGGAAAUGGGGGUGAUAAUUAUUCCGUGCCGAAAUAUUAGGAAAUAGCAGACUAAUUGAACAAUUUUGGAUUCAAUAUCA